AUGUCUGCAAAGUCCAUUCUCGAGGCUGAUGGCAAGGCCAUCCUCAACUACCACCUAACUCGUGCUCCCGUUGUUAAGCCCACGCCCCUGAAGUCUACCGGCGUCCACAACCCUCCGCCCAAACUCGCUUCUCUUUACUUUCCUGAAGACGAGUCUGUCAAGACCGUUUUGGACCAAGCCGAGGCCACCUAUCCCUGGCUACUCACUCCCGGCGCCAAAUUCGUCGCAAAACCAGAUCAAUUGAUCAAGAGAAGAGGAAAGAGUGGCCUUCUGGCCUUGAACAAGACUUGGCCAGAAGCCAGAGCCUGGAUCGAGGCAAGAGCCGGAAAGGAACAACAGGUUGAGACCGUCACUGGUUUCCUCAGACAAUUCCUGGUUGAGCCCUUUGUGCCCCAUCCUCAAGACACCGAAUACUACAUUAACAUCAAUUCUGUUCGAGACGGUGACUGGAUUCUCUUCACCCACGAGGGUGGUGUCGACGUGGGCGAUGUCGAUGCGAAGGCUGAAAAGAUCCUGAUACCGGUCGAUUUGAAAAGCUUUCCCUCAAACCAAGAGCUGGCAGCUGCUCUUCUGAAGAAAGUCCCCACGGGUAUUCACAAUGUAUUGCUCGACUUCAUUAUCCGACUCUACUCCGUCUACGUUGAUUGCCAAUUCACCUACCUGGAAAUCAACCCUCUGGUCGUUAUCCCCAACGCCGCCGGCACAUCGGCCGAUGUUCACUUCCUUGAUCUUGCGGCGAAGCUCGACCAAACUGCGGAUUUUGAAUGUGGCACAAAAUGGGCUAUUGCACGAAGCCCGGCUGCCCUUGGUCUUCCCGGCGUCAAGAGCGACGGAAAAGUCACCAUCGAUGUGGGCCCACCCAUGGAAUUCCCCGCACCUUUUGGUCGUGAACUCAGCAAAGAAGAGAAGUACAUUGCGGACAUGGAUGCGAAGACCGGUGCAUCGCUCAAGCUUACCCUCCUGAACACGAAAGGUCGAGUGUGGACCUUGGUCGCUGGCGGUGGUGCCUCGGUGGUUUAUGCCGACGCCAUUGCCUCCGCCGGGUUUGUCAGCGAACUCGCCAACUAUGGUGAAUACUCAGGCGCCCCGACCGAGACCCAGACGUACAACUACGCUCGCACUGUCCUUGACCUCAUGCUACGAGCACCCAAGCGCGAAGAGGGCAAGGUGCUCUUCAUUGGUGGAGGCAUUGCCAACUUCACCAAUGUCGCCUCGACCUUCAAGGGUGUCAUUCGUGCCUUGAGGGAGGUCGCGUCCGCGCUCAACGAACACAAAGUUCAGAUCUGGGUGCGUCGUGCAGGCCCCAAUUACCAGGAAGGUCUCAAGAACAUCAAGGCUGUGGGCCAAGAGCUGAAGCUCAACUUGCAUGUGUUUGGACCCGAGAUGCACGUCAGUGGUAUCGUGCCAUUGGCUCUCCUGGGAAAGAAGACUACCGUUCCCGAGUUUGGGGGUUAG